AUGCCUGUUAACGCAGUUGCAGAAAACGUGUUCGGGACAAUAGGUACUGUCUGCUGGUGUAUUCAGCUGGUACCUCAGGCAUGGAAGUCCUGGCGGGAGAAAUCUACCUACGGGUUAUCACCUUGGCUCAUGCUGAUCUGGGCUCUUGCGGCACUCCCCCUGGGUGUAUACAACGUCGCACAGAAUGUGAACAUCCCGUUGAUGGUUCAGCCGCAGCUAUUCGGAUCUCUUGCAUGCACUUGUUGGGUGCAGUGCUUCUAUUAUGAUUUGCACUUCAGCAAACUGAAGACACUAUCAAUAUUCUUCGGUUUUCUCUUUCUGUACGGAGGUUUGGAGGUCGCAUUUGUAUUCGCUGUCAGGCACGGCCUUGAGGAGAACAAUGAUCGUCCGCUCCAGUUCUUCGGGGUCAUGACGGCCAUAUUACUAUUUGCGGGUUUAAUACCACAGUACUACGAGAUAUGGAGGCUAAAGGAGGUACGAGGAGUGAGCAUGCUUUUCAUGCUGGUAGACGGCCUGGGCGGCUUGUUCAGCACAUUGUCCCUCGCUUUCAAGCCGUCCUUGGACCCGUUGCUUUCCUUCUCAUACAUAAGUGUUGUUGUACUUGAUACUGGAGUGAUGCUUUUGAGUGUCAUAUUGAACCCGAUUGCUCGACGUCGUCGUGCUCGAGAGGGAUCUGGAACAAUCGCUGAUCAACCUGCGGAGGUGAAUGUCAUCGAUAUCCAAAUGACAGGAGGAAAGAAGAGCCAGAUGGAUCAUCUAGGUGGUCCUUCUCCCCUUCCUGAAUCAAAGGGGAGAAGGACCAGUGAAGAGGGACUAUGUUUGCAUCAGGUCAGGGAUGUACAGACGGAGAUACCAGAAGAGGACAACGACACUGCAGUAGUGUCUGUAUAAACGAGAGGGAUGCGGAAUCCAAUAUAGGGUUAUGGAUCUUUCUUCAAAUGUUCACACUGUGAAAUCUGUGGUAUAUACAUAUGCAUGAACUAG